AUGGGAAAAGCAGGACAACAGCAGAGGCAGCGCAAGAGGCAAAGCAGAGGAAAGCAGAGGGAAAAGCAGAGGCAAGAGCAGAGGGCAGAGGCAGCAGAGGCAGAGGCAGAGGGAAAAGCAGGGCAACAGCAGAGGCAGCGGCAGAGGCAACAGCAGAGGCAGAGGCAGAGGAAAAGCAGAGACAACAGCAAGAGGCAGCGGCAGAGGCAACAGCAGAGGCAGCGGCAGAGGGAAAGAGAAGCAAGAGCAGAGGCAGCGGCAGAGACAACAGCAGAGGCAGCGGCAGAGGGAAAAGCAGAAGCAAGAGCAGAGGCAGCGGCAGAGACAACAGCAGAGGCAGCGGCAGAGGGAAAAACAGAGGCAAGAGCAGAGGGAAAAGCAGAGCAACAGCAAAGGCAGCGGCAGAGGGAAAAGCAGAAGCAAGAGCAGAGGCAGCGGCAGAGACAACAGCAGAGGCAGCGGCAGAGGGAAAAACAGAGGCAAGAGCAGAGGGAAAAGCAGAGCAAGCAAAGGCAGCGGCAGAGGAAAGCAGAAGCAGAGGCAGAGGCAGCGGCAGAGACAACAGCAGAGGCAGCGGCAGAGGGAAAAACAGAGGCAAGAGCAGAGGGAAAAACAGAAGCAAGAGCAGAGGGAAAAGCAGAGGCAACAACAGAGACAACAACAGAGACAACAGCAGAGGCAACAGCAGAGGCAACAGCAGUGGGAAAAACAGAGGCAGCGGCAGAGACAACAGCAGAGGCAGCGGCAGAGACAACAGCAGAGACAACAGCAGAGGCAACAGCAGAGGCAGCGGUAGAGGGAAAAGCAGAGGCAAGAGCAAGGCAAGGCAACAGCAGUGGAAAAACAGAGGCAGCGGCAGAGACAACAGCAGAGGCAGCGGCAGAGGGAAAAGCAGAGGCAAGAGCAGAGGGUAAAGCAGAGAGAAAAGCAGAGGCAACAGCAGAAGGAAAAACAGUGGCAAGAGCAGAGGAAAAAGCAGAGGCAACAGCAAAAGCAACAGCUGAGGCAACAGUAGAGGCAACAGCACAAGAGGCAACAGCAGACGCAACAGCAAGAGAUAAGAGAGAGAGAGAGAGAGAGAGAGAGAGAGAGAGAGAGAGAGAGAGAGAGAGAGAGAGAGAG